AUGCCGCUAGCGAUGAGUUCAGAGACAGCCGACGAGUGUGAGAAGAAGACUGUUCGUGCAAAGAAAUCGAAUGAAACCAACAACAAAAAGAAUCAAAGAAAGAUUCGAUUCAAAGAACAAGUCAAUAUUCACAGCAUUCAUUGCAUUCCGGAGAAGGAGAAGGGGCAUAUUUGGUACACAGCUGCAGACUACAACGAGGCUUCAAAGAACGGAAGAAUCCUUCGAAAAUGCAUCUCCAACAAUGAUCAACUCUACCGCCAAAAUCAAGAAAACUUGAAUGCUCAGGGCGUAUUUACAGAACAGCAAACGAUGCAAAUGGAAAUAGCCGUUAAAGCAUCCACUACUGCCGUAUUUGAAGAGCAAGAAAGACAAGGAAAAGCAUUAUUUAGUGGCAACAAGACGAGUAGUGAGUUCUCUCUGGACUACGAGAAAAUCGCUGAAGCAUAUCGAAAGUACUCACGCGAAGCUCAAGAGCAAGCACAACUUCGAGCAGCUCGCCAUGAGAAGCACCUGAAAGACACUGACACCAAGUCUGUGAAGCAUUCAUCUCCAUCCUCGUCGCCUCGCUCUCUAAAGAAGAAAACUCUCACUGGACAUUCACCAAAACCUAGAAAAUCCCGCAGUCUUUCGCCGAAAGCAACUUCCCGCGGUGUGCGAAAGCUAAUCCCAAAACCCUCUGUAUUCCUAUUUGGGCCAAAGGGAUCUUCCAAAUUGACGCCCGCAGCCUAA